GGUUAGGGUUUCCCACUGGUUCGGAGAGAUCCACUACUAUGAACAAUGACCCUUGAAACCUUUAAACCUCCUGAGUCCUAAAUGCUAACACCCGACGUUGAUCGAACGAUUCAACGAUUCAACGAUUCAACGUAUCGUCUAAUGUUUCUUUCAUUCACCACAUUUCAAUAUUAUUCUUAAAUUACUAUCAAACGAGUUUCAGUAUUAAACCCUUUUAGCUGGAAUUUCCUUCUUGGACGGGCCAUACACCGCGAUCCGCGAUACGAAUUUCCAGCUACGUCUUUACCUCAACACCCGUCUACCCACGUCCGAAAAUGGCGCGGCAUCUUUCCGUCAUCGUCAUCUUGGCGGUCGCGGUUUUCUUGGUCUUGUCUUUCAUGACAAGUUUCGGCGGGGAAACCGAGCAAAUACGACAGGUGUUACCUGCGGCGGGCUUGACCGAACGGCCGUUAGGUGCUUCAGAUGCGAUCACAGCAGAUACGAAAGCAGGCACAAAAAUAGAUACGGCGCCAGGUACGAAACCAAAUAUGGAAGCAGAAGCGAAAGCGAAUGUAAUCCCAGACCCGAAAUCCGACUUCCCUUCACUGUCGAGCGGAAUCCUGUCGGGAGGUGCAAUUGCCCCGAAGCUUGAAAACGCCACCAUCAAAGCUGAACUCGGCCGCUCGACCUGGAAAUUCUUCCAUACCAUGAUGGCGCGAUUCCCCGAUAAGCCCACCGAAGACGACUCCCUCGCGCUUAAGACAUUCAUCCAACUAUUCGCGCGCCUGUACCCAUGCGGCGACUGCGCGCGACAUUUCCAGAAGCUUCUCGCCCAGUAUCCACCUCAAGUCAGUUCGCGCAGCGCGGCCGCAGGAUGGGCGUGCUUCGUACAUAACCAGGUUAAUGAGAGGCUGAAGAAGCCCAUCUUCGACUGUACUCCUGAGAAGCUCGGGGAUUUCUAUGAAUGCGGUUGCGGGGAUGACAAAAAGGAGGCUGCAGACAGCAUAGGAGAGCUGAGGUUGGAAAAGGAUGGAUUGACUAGGGGUGGCUAGAUAUGUAAUUACGCAAUAUCAAUACAUUGUUUCUGGAAGCAUAGCGAUUAGGAGUUUCUGGUGGUUGGUUUUUGAUCUGAGAAUAGGAUAUACUAGUUAAGCGCUUUUGUGUUGGUUUUUCUUUCCUCUGGCAUGGAGAGCACACAGAAAAGACUAGAAAGAUCCCAUCUGUUUGACUGUAGUUUAUGUGCGUUUACGAUGUCUAGAAUAGCAACAUAUUGUUUGUUGCAUCGCAUGUCAACCUAUAAAUUCUAAUCAAAUCUCAGUAUCUUAUCGAUUCCAGAUUUAUAUAUCUUA